CUAAACCCACGACAGUAAAAUUAGUCUGUAUAUGCAGUAAAGCAUGCUUGUUAUUUUCACAGUGGAACUUAAGGAGUUAAUCCUCUACAUUGUGUAAAAAAGAUGUUUGAUCCUGUCUUCUGUGAUCCUCCCCUUCUUCCAUGUUCCCCAUUUCAUCUUCUGAUAGAGCACAGCCUUGGGGACACUCUGCACAUGCUCAGUUUGGUGUUUACUGCUAGAGAUAUUUUUCUUUUUCUUGGAAGGGUGCACAGGGCCAAUCAGCACUGUCCAGACAGAGGGUCAGGGGUUAUGCAAUCUCAUAGAGCAGUGAGAGGAGAAUGAAAACUCCUCCUACAAGCUUUAACCAGUGCUCUGCAGAACACUGGUGGAAGUCACAAAAAGGUAUUUAGCAGUUUUUAUAUUUACUAAAAUAAUUGCAUUUCCAUGUUCUGUGUACUGUGGGAGACCAGAUAUAGUGAGU